GCAGAGAGCAGAUUCUCUCUACAGAGACCUCUACAGCACAGAGAUCCAGACAUGGCACCUACAAUCACUGCAGCUAUGACCAAAUCUCAGGAGCAUCUGACUCUGACCCACAAGCUCAGAAAGCCUCUGGUGGAGAAGUUACGCAGAGAGCGAAUCAACAGCAGCAUUGAGCAGCUCAAGUCUCUCCUGGGUCCAGAGUUCCUCAAACAGCAGCCAGACUCCAAGCUGGAGAAAGCAGACAUCCUGGAGAUGACAGUUUGUGUCCUGAGACGACUGCAGCAGCAGCAUCAACAGCAGAGAAGACUGCUGAACCACUUCAACAAGCUGCAGUCUUCCUCUGAUGAGAACCUGAGAGAGGCUGACUUCUCUCCUCUGAGCUCCACAGUCCAGACCAGCAUCACCAAAGACAAGAGUCCAGUCAACAGCGCCCCCUGGAGGCCGUGGUAGACACCUACAGACUGGAGUUACUACCUGACAAACUCAGAUGACCAUAUUGGUCAAAGAUUACUGAACUGAAUUCUUUCAAGUUUGAUGGACUUGUUCUUCUGUAUGUACAGAAGGCUGUAUUUUGUGUUUGUCUUUGUGAAGAUGACAUUUCCUGAGGAAAUGACAGCAACAAUAUCUUUCAAGUUAAGAAAGAGAACAUCUUGUCAUGCAUGUUGCAUGAACUAAAUCUGAUUGCAUCUGCAAUUAUUAUUAUACCUCACU